AUGUCCGGAAACUCCAGCGUCGGAACCUCUGCCGUCUACGAGGCUGGCGAUCAGCGCAACUACAAAGCCGGCGAGGACCCCAGCAUCCCUGACCGCUUCCACGAGGGCAAGGAGAACUCUCACAAGGCUCAAGAUUCCAAGGACGAGCGCUCCAUUGCCAACAAGCUCGAACGUGAGUCCCAGCGCGAGCAUGAGAAGGAACGCAAAGACCCCGAGACGGAGAUGUCGCAGAAGGACUCUACGCUGCCUGCGCUGGCGCACGGCAACAAGCCUUCCAAGGGAGCCAAGAUCGACCAGGAGCUGAGGGAAGAGGAGGAGGAGGAGCUCAAGAAGAAGGGCAAGAAAUAA